UUUUUGUUCUUCUCAUUCGAUUGCACAUAAAAAUCUCUAACAAACCUAUCUGCAUGUAUAUCUUUAAUUAGGUUAUCAAGUUGUGGGUCAACUGCUUCAUCCUUCCACUGAGGAAACAGCUCUUCUAGACCCUCCUUCAUCACCAUUUUCCUCACACGCACCUACAACACAAAAAUAUAAAUCAGUCAUUAAAAUUAACAACUCAACCAUAAAAUAAUCCAAUAACUCAGACAUUACAUUACAGGAUUCAUAUGUCUGAUUUAAACCUUACCGUUCCAUGAUCAUUCAUCUCCUUAUCUAUUGUAGUAGCAAGACUUGCACGAGUACGACUUCCACCCCAUCGCAAAAGCGGAAUUUCGUCUGGAUUCACUUUUCUGCCAUAAAGCUCUCCGAACACUGUGACAGAUUCAUACGCCCAAACCAAUAACAUGUCCUUGAAGCCGCUAAGGGUGUACGACCCUCCUUGUGGAUGCAACAACUUGAUAGAAUCAACAAGAAAUUCAUAGGCAGUCCGACCCCAAGGAUAAGUCAUCAGGGCGUCAUCAUCGAAUACUCUUUUUGCACUUUCAAAGGGUAUUCUACAAUUAUGAUGCAAGCCAUAAAGUCCAAUGGCUUGAAGAAACAACAGCCCAUACCAUUUCCGCUGAUCAGCACUCCAGAAUGGACACUCCGUUAAAGCUUCUAUAAGUUCAUCAAACUUGGGUCCGUACCCAAGCGGCACUUUCAACAACUCCCACAACGCUUUGUAAUUCUCUGGAUAAGGUUCAAAACUUUCUUCUGGCAGUGGAUUUGUGUUUAAACCCGUGAUCUCACCAAAUUCUAUUACGCUAAACCUGAGAGGUUGAUCAACAACGAGAGACCAAAUCUCCUUCUUAUAGACUCGCAGCUGUCUACAAAGUAGAUAAUGUACGGUCUUACCAGACCACACCAAUUUGCUCUCAGCCAGUUUAGCAAUCAAUUCAACAGGAUACGUCUUCAGAUUAUCCCACACAUCUAUUCCAAUUGCUUGUCUAAGUCGAGGGAUCUCAGAAAAAUGGCUAUUCGUAUUAAUGCUUUUGUUUUCAAAAAUAGAAGCCCCUUCAGGGUAAUGUCUUGGAGGGUAAUCCCUUGCUAGAUCUUCGGAAACAUCCAUCUGAUCAAAAAAGACAUAUAUAACAUAUCAAUGAUAAAUCAGAAGAAAGGCAUAAAAUAAACAAGCCACAAAACAUAAUUCAGCCAUCAUUACAUAAAUAAAUCAGUCACAAAGAAUACUAAAUCAGUCACAAUUACCUUCUAUAAAUCAGUCGUUAAGGAUCCUAAAUCAGCCGUAACGAAUACUAACUCAAAUUCAGACAAAACAUAUAUCUAACUCACAGCAUUAAUUAUACUCACUCAAAAACUCGAAAAAUUCAGAGCAAAGCCUCGAAAUAUACCAGAGAAUACGAUUACGGAGAUUUGAGGAGACAACCAAUCUGAAGAAGAAGCUUACGGACACACGAUUUCAGAGAAAACGCUUACGGAGACUAGAGAAGAAGAUUACGGAGAUUAUUUCAGAGAAGCCGCUUUGCCGAGAAGAGUUGUAGUGAACAUGAUUCCGAAAACAGUUAGGGUUUAGUGGGAGAACAGUCUCGGAGAAGUUAAUUAUCGUCGUUUGAUUUUCCUUCGUGUUAAGUGACGUGGUAUCAUUACUUCUGAUGUGGAUUUUCAAAUUAAAAUUAAUCACAACUAAAAAAUAAUAAUAAAGGGCUUAAACAGUAAUUUACUAGGGUUCUAAAAACACUCUAGUCAUUUUCAAAAAAUUUGUAUUAGUAGUCAUUACUUCACUUUUUUGUAUUAUUCUAGUCAUUUUCUCUAUUUAUGAUAGUGUAUUAACAUUUUACAUGCAUUGAGCAUUCUAUACGAUAUUCUAGUCAUGGCUUCAGCAGCUGGUGGAGUCUUAGGAAACUUGCUCGAAGGAUAUCUCUUGCUCAGAACACCUCCCAAGAUCUCCUUCCUUGUUUUCGCCGCGGUCUUGUCUUUCCAGCUCCUCGUCUCUUUAUCUUCUAAAGAAGAGUCUUUUGGUUUGCCACGGAGGAAAGAGACUAGCUCGGUUGUGAUGAGUGUGAAGAAACAGUUGUCUAAUCUCAUGGAAGCUAUCCAGGAGGAGGAUAUCUCACAGCCUAUGAUUUGGGCAGUAGCGUCCAUCUCAAUGGUUCCACUUCUCUCGGGGUUAGUGUUCUGUUACCAAACACAAGUUCUAAACUUGGACCCUUCGGUUAUAGGAAUGUCUAAAGUGAUUGGACAAGUGAUGCUUCUUUGUCUUACCGUUGUCUACGACCGGUACUUGAAGACACUCCCCAUGAGACCACUCAUCCACAUCGUUCAGCUCUUGUACGCGUUAUCCAUCCUCGACUAUGUUUUGGUGAAGCAAGUAAACCUCGGAGUUGGCAUCUCCAACGAGGUCUUUGUCCUUUGCUUCUCUAGCUUAGCUGAGAUCCUCGCACAGUUCAAGAUCCUUCCAUUCGCAGUUCAAGAUCAUUUGCUUCCGUUGCUGAGAUUGCUUGCAAUGCAAGAUAGCUCCUUGAAUAGAAUUCUCUAUCUCUGAGUUCGAACUCGUGCUUCUCUUCAAAAACUGCAAUGGGGAUACCCUAAACUAGUCGAUGACUUUUUGUUCGAACUCUUCGCAGGUUGUCUCCUCAUAGAAAUCGAAAAAGAUCUCCUAUGGGCUAUAUUACGUAUAAAUUUAAAUAAAAUAUGUCAAAAUAUCUAUAAUUAACAUAUAAAUUAGUUUGGUUUGAAUAUUUGGAUAGACAAUCAAUAAAUAUUUCAAGUAUUUUUGGUAUUUUGAGUAUAUUUUCGCUUAUACAUUUACUUUUGAUUAUCUGUAUAUAUUUUAAAAUAUUUUGGAUAAUUUAAAAGUAUCAUAUAUAUUUUGGAUGUUUAUAAUAUACAUUAAAUCUAACAAUCAGUAAUAUAUUUAGGUAUAUAAAUCUAUUUCGGAUACAUUCAGGUACCCAAAAUACUUCAGUUUGGGUAUGUUUCGGUUCUUUAGAUACCAAAAAUCUGAACCCGUACAAAUACUUAAUCAGUUUCUGUUCGGGUCCGUUGUUACCGUUUUGAUCGGUUCAUUCAGUUCUUCGGAUUUGGGUUUUUAGCCCAGCUCUAAUUAUCAAAAUAAAUUAAAGUUUACAACUCAUAGCAUUUGUUUUAAUUUAUCUAAUAAUUAUUUAAUAAUAAUUAAGGGGUUUAUUUAAAAUAUUUAUUGUGAUUAAAAUUUAUACUAUCACACACACAUAAAUAUAACAAACACAAAUUAAUUGUAAACUUUUAUGAUUAGAAAAAAAUUUAUUAUAUUAUUUAAAUAAAUAUACGAUAUGAGAGAAUAUUUAUGAUAGUGUAUUAACAUUUUACAUGCAUUGAGCAUUCUAUACAAUAUUUUAAAAAUAAAACAACAGUCCAGUAAGCCCAUAAUAAAACAAAACAAAAUCAAAACCAAAAUAAGCAAACCUGGUUUAAAAAUGGCCACGUGUCAGCGAACUAUUGGGUUGCAUGGCUUCAUGAACCCUACUUUAUUUAAUAAGAGAUCGGUUUGUUUCGCGCAUAAAACUCUCUUGGUCACUGGGCUCUUCUCUCUUUCUCGUUCCUCUCUCUCGCUCGCGCACAAAACUCUCUUGGUCACUGGGCUCUUCUCUCUUUCUCGUUCCUCUCUCUCGCUCGUUCCUCUCUCUCGCUCGUUCCUCUCUCUCGCUUGUUCCUCUCUCUUGCUCGUUCCUCUCUCUCGCUCGUUCCUUCCUCUCUCUUGCUCGUUCGCUAAUGGCAUCCGUGAAUCUUCAACUAAUAGCGGUUCUUAACCAGGGUAAGUGUAAUUGUUACUUUUCGAAAGCGUAGUAGUUAUCAUCUUGAGAAGAGUUAUAGAACAUCAAGAAAUCAUAUCUGUUCUUUCUUUGAUGGGAAUGAUCGUUAUUUGUUAGCGUGUGUAGGUUGGGAACUGUUGUUGUUUCUAGUUAUAGGUUUCUAGAUUUCUUGAUUAUCAAGAAAUCUUCAGUUCAAUAGAAUCGAUCGUUUGUUUUAUACUCAUACUCUGUUGUCUUUUAGUAGAUGUUCAGCACGUACUAAACCUCUCCCACGAGCGUUGGCUCAACGCCGAGGAACUGCAAAUUUUGUUUCAGAAUCUUGCACUUCUGCCUCAAUCAACUUAUACAUUCGAUGAACCGGGCCUAUACCGAGUACAGACGCUUAAAUUCGCAGACGAUCACGCAUGGACUCUGUUUCCAAAUGGCAACCUGGUCAUAGGCGGUAGGGUAGUUCACGGAGGCCUGACGUUUAAUUACACUUUCGCGCAAAGCCCAGAUCUUCAACGCCGAACCAUACGCCGCCAACAAUUGUACGUCACUUUUACAUUUUCCAUAAAAUUUAAAUUUGUUAUAUUUUUCUUAAUACGAAAUUGUGAUGUUUUUUGGUUUUGCUUAAUUAUUAUGUAGGUACGGGAACAAUACGUUUGUUCACUACGUGGCGGUUUAGCACUUUCGAGGGUUUUAUAUUAUUUUCGUAGAUUUGGACAUUUAAGGUGUACUAUUACUAAUGACAUGACAUUGUCAUGAGCAAGCAAUCAUUGUAUAAAUCUAUGAUAUAGUUUUCCACAACUUAAUAAUAAUAACAUCCUUAAAUACUCAACAUUUGCAUUAAUUUAAAUUUCUAAACUGGAAUCGAAUAUAAAAAUUCCAAAUCACAAGUAAUUCAAAUCUAAAA